AGUGACCUCCGAUACCCAGGGCAGGAGGCAUCAGGUGGGGAAAAAUUCCUUUGUGCCGUCCCAGGCUACAGAGGGAAGAACACUCAUUGACUUGAAGGGUGCAACCAUCAUGUGCGAACUCUAUAGCAAGCAGGACACCCUGGCGCUGCGGGAGAAGCACAUCGGGCCCUCGUGCAAGAUUUUCUUUGCAGCGGAUCCCAUCAAAAUAAUGCGAGCCCGGGGGCAGUACAUGUUUGAUGAGAAAGGCGAACGGUACUUAGACUGCAUCAACAACGUAGCACACGUGGGGCACUGUCACCCAGAAGUGGUUAAAGCCGCCGCAAAACAGAUGGAAUUACUAAAUACAAAUUCUCGAUUCCUCCAUGACAACAUCAUUGAGUUUGCCAAGCGCCUUACAGCCACCCUGCCUCAGAAGCUCUCGGUUUGCUACUUCACCAACUCAGGAUCUGAAGCCAACGACUUAGCCUUACGCCUGGCACGGCAGUUCCGAGGCCACCAGGAUGUGAUCACUCUUGACCAUGCUUACCAUGGUCACCUGUCGUCAUUAAUUGAGAUCAGUCCGUAUAAGUUUCAGAAGGGCAAAGAUGUCAAGAGGGAAUCUGUACAUGUGGCACCAGCUCCAGAUACUUACAGAGGGAAAUACAGAGAGGACCACGAAGACCCAUCCACUGCAUAUGCAGAUGAGGUGAAGAAAAUCAUUGAAGAGGCUCAGAGCAGCGGAAGAAAGAUUGCUGCCUUUAUUGCUGAAUCCAUGCAGAGUUGUGGUGGACAAAUUAUUCCUCCAGCAGGCUACUUCCAGAAAGUGGCUGAACACGUUCACAAAGCAGGGGCUGUGUUCAUUGCUGACGAAGUUCAAGUAGGCUUUGGCAGAGUUGGGAGACAUUUCUGGAGCUUCCAGAUGUAUGGUGAAGAUUUCGUUCCAGACAUCGUCACCAUGGGGAAACCUAUGGGCAACGGUCACCCGAUAUCUUGUGUGGUGACAACCAAAGAAAUUGCAGAAGCUUUCAGCAGUGCAGGCAUGGAAUAUUUCAAUACGUAUGGAGGAAAUCCAGUGUCUUGUGCAGUUGGCUUGGCUGUGCUGGAUGUAAUUGAAAAGGAAAACCUUCAAGGAAAUGCUGUCAGAGUGGGGGAUUAUCUCAUAGAGUUACUGAACGAACAGAAGGCUAAGCAUCCUUUGAUAGGGGACGUCAGGUGUGUUGACCAAGUCUCACAGACUCAUUUGUUUUCCACAGCUGAAUAGCUUAUAUUUUACCUUGCAAAGUUUAACUAAAAUAUAUAAAACACUAAGAAACAGAGAGAGCAAAGAUCACUGUUAACCAAAGACUAAGGAACCACCCUGGAAACAUUUGUGUACGUAUGUUCAGUCACACUUAUAGGUUUUCUUUUUCUGUAGUUAAGAUGAUUUUAAGUCCAAGAGAUGGGAGGAA